GUGUUCCGAUCUGUUGGUCAAUAUACCAAGGCUGAAGAAUACCUUCAAAAAGCACUAGCGAUCAGCAAAGAAAUCGGUGACAAAAACGGAGAAGCAUCAGAUUACGGAAAUUUAGGAAAUGUGUUUCAAUCUGUUGGUCAAUAUACCAAGGCUGAAGAAUACCUUCGAAAAGCACUGGUGAUCAAAAACGAAAUCGGUGACAAACAAGGAGAAGCAUCUGCUUACGGAAGUCUAGGAACUGUGUUCCAAUAUGUUGGUCAAUAUACCAAGGCUGAAAAAUACCUUAAAAAAGCUCUAGUGAUCAGCAAAGAAAUCGGUGACAAACAUGGAGAAGCAUCUGCUUACGGAAAUCUAGGAACUGUGUUUAAAUUUGUUGGUCAGUAUACCAAGGCUGAAGAAUACAUUCAAAAAGCACUAGUGAUCAGGAAAGAAAUCGGUGACAAACACGGAGAAGCAUCAGAUUACGGAAAUCUAGGAACUGUGUUGCAAUCUAUAGGUCAAUAUACCAAGGCUGAAGAAUACGUUCAAAAAGCGCUGGUGAUCAAGAAAGAAAUCGGUGACAAAAGAGGAGAAGCAUCAGAUUACGGAAAUUUAGGAACUGUGUUUGAAUCUAUUGGUCAAUAUACCAAGGCUGAAGAAUACCUUCAGAAAGCACUAGUGAUCAGGAAAGAAAUCGGUGACCAACACGGAGAGGCAUCAGAUUACGGAAAUCUAGGAACUGUGAUUAAAUCUGUUGGUCAAUAUACCAAGGCUGAAGAAUACCUUCAGAAAGCACUAGUGAUCAGUAAAGAAAUCGGUGACAAACACGGAGAAGCAUCAGAUUACGGAAUUCUAGGAAAUGUGUUUAAUUCUGUUGGUAAAUAUACCAAGGCUGAAGAAAACCUUCAGAAAGCUCUAGUGAUCAGCAAAGAAAUCGGUGACAAACACGGAGAGGCAUCAAAUUACGGAAAUCUAGGAACUGUGUUUAAAUCUGUUGGUCAAUAUACCAAGGCUGAAGAAUACCUUCAGAAAGCUCUAGUGAUCAGCAAAGAAAUAGGUGACAAA